UCAUGUCCUGCAAGUAGAUGGGGGCUGUCCUGUUGGCAGCAGUGUAGGCAAGGGUCAGGGCUUUGAACUGGAUCCUGGCAGCGACCGAUAGCCAGUGGAGUGAUCGCAGCAGAGGAGUGACGUGGGAGAAUUUGGGAAGGUUGUAGAUGAGUCGGGCAGCGGCAUUCUGAAUCAUCUGUAGUGGCUGUAUGGCACAAGCUGGCAGGCUUGCAAGGAGAGAGUUGCAGUAAUCAAGGCGAGAGGUCACCAUAGCCUGGACGAGCAGCUGGGCGGAGUGCGUCGUCAGGUAUGGUCGAAUCCUUCUGAUGUUGUACAGAAGGAAUCUGCAGGACCGUGAUGUUGCCUUGAUGUGCUCCUUGAGGUCCAGUUGGUCAUCCAGGACCACCCCCAAGCUCUUGGCAGAGUGAGAGGCAGUCACUGUGGUGCCAUCAACCGUGAUGAGAAUUUUCUCUUCAACGAAUGAAACUCAUGUUCAGUUGGAUUCAGAUCCGGUGUCUGACUUGACCAGUCAAGAAUAUUCCAGUUUUUAACUUUGAAAAACUCCUUUGUGGCUUUAGCAGUUUGUCUGGGUUCAUUGUCUUACUGUAGGUUGAAACACCAUCCAAUGAGUUUGUGAAUGUUUCUGAUCUGUCAAACAGACAUUUGGAGGUUUUUCUUCAUUAUGAUGAGAAUUCAUUGGUCAGCAACUGUAGAGGUCUUCCUUGGCCUACCAGGUCCUUUGUGAUUACACCAGUGUUCUCUUUUUUUUGUAGUGAUGUUCCAGACAGUUUAUUUUGGUAAGCCUAAGGUUUGACCUAUGUCUGUGACUGUUUUUCCUCAUUUCUCAGUCUCCAAACGGCUUCCUUGACUUUCACUGGCACAGCCCUGGUCCUCAUGUUGACAAAUGCCAACAACAGACUCCAAAGGCAACCAAAAGCCUAGAAUUGAAAACUAGUGCAGUAAUUUCUACGUGAUGAGACUACACAAAUAUACCCUUUAAUAAAAGCUAAGAAUAUGCAUUUUAUCAUGUGAAAUGUUUGACUACAAAUUAUGGAGUACAGGGUCAAAUAUAUAUAUAUAUAUAUACAUAGGAAGUGUGUAUAUAUAUAAUUGUCCUAAACAUUACGGAGGACACUGUACACGUUUGAAUGGAGUGCAGCUUUAAGGAGAGGAGAGAGCACGUGGGCAAAAUAUCAGCUUGAAGCUCUGAACAUUGAAGAUUUUUUCUGUUGAAAAAUAGUGUGUGCCAAUCCAUUCGCUACAACUUUUUACAAUAAAUACGCUAUUAUGAGUAAAGUCAUUAUAACUAAGUAUUGUUGGUGGCUUUCUAAAGAAAUACAACUUAAGACACACGUUAAUUACAUCGAAAUAGAAUAUUCUAACCAUCCUUUCAACUUUUAUAACGACUACCCUAGUAAAUCUGUUAUCGCUAAGCAGCAAAGCUUUGGGUUAAAUCUGCGUCGGCUACACCCCUCUAGUGGGGUCAAACUCAAGGAUUGUUGUAUGAAUUGUUAUGUUUUACCAACACGUCCAUAACUGGACAAAGUCGAAACAAAAAGAGGCUGAACGUCGUGCACGUACGUAUAAUUACACGCAAAGCCUCGAGGGUGUCUUAGGCUCCAUCCUCGCAACUAAGAUAACUGCCUCCAGAUUUUCAGCGUGCAGAUGCUGCAAAUUUUGUAUUCGUUUCCGCAGUGUCAUUAUUUCCGUUUCCACUCGGAGAAACGCGCUCUGGCUUUGUAUGGUGAUAUACGUAUCCAGCUGCUGUCAACUUCUGGAGUUUGUAAUCCGCUUUACCUACAUUUCGCCUUCGCCAUGGGGGACAUUGAGUCUCCCGACUCGACUCCAACGCGCCAGGCUGGAUUUUUCGCCCUUCUCCCAACCAAAGAGUUCGUCACUUCACGGAAAGGGCAACUUCUCAUUGCUGAAGUGGUCCUGUCCUUUAUCACCUUUGUGUGUUUCGUGGCGUCCACGGCAGCCUCCUUCAUCACAGCCCCCCUCAUCGAGUUCCUUUUGGCCUUCUUCCUCCUCUUCGCCUACUCCACCAAGAUCAACGAGCGCUUCAAGGGCUUCCACUGGCCCCUGAUGGAUUUUCUGCGCUGCGUCAGCGCUUCCAUCAUCUAUUUCAUCAUCUCCAUCAUCGCCGUCUCCAAAUACACAGACGGGGCGUCCAAAGCAGCGGGGGUGUUUGGGUUCAUUGCGACCAUUGUCUUCGCUUUGGAUUUUUACCUGAUCUUUAACGACCUCGCGAAUUUCCUCAAGCAAGGCGGGGACUCUGCUGACGGGCCACCAGCAGAUAAUGACUCCGAUUCAGACUCCGACUGAAACUCGGUUCUCAAGAGGACCCCGUGACCGUCCACAACCGUGCCCGACAAGACAACGCCAUUCCAGAAGAUGUGAGGUCAUCCAGGAAUCAGAAUUUUAUUGCAACUUGCAAUUAUUUAAAAAAAAGGUUUGAGCGUUCUGAUCCGGAGUCUUUGAGACUACGGCACAGGGUUUUGUAUUUUAGCCUACCUGGAAAAAAUGUGAUGGGUGAAGCUUCCGGAAAGUCCAUAUGUGAAACCCUCACGUGUUGCCAAAGAUUGUGUGAUUUGGACCACUCAUAAAGCUAUGCCUUGACUUUAUACAAAGUGAUUUAUAAACCUGUGUUACUAUCGUUAUGGCUAGGGGCAUUGAGUCGUUAAAAAAUGAAAUCCGACUUUUUGAAAACUAUAAUUAUAUAGUGUUUUUUUUUCUUCAGCAGUUCAGACAAAUGGCAAACCUGACAAAUCUGCAUUUCUGUGCCUUGUUUACUAUAAAGCAUCAUUUUGGAGCUGUUA